CCCAUCUGAGCAGGCAAGAUCUCUCUCUUCUCUGGCUUUUACAGCAUUUCUGCACCUCUCUCCCAUUUUGUGUGUUUAGGAAGGGGUGGGGGUGAACCUCUCCUUUACUGUUUAUUUUUUUUUUUGCUUUGUUCUUUUUUUAUUGACCUCUUCCUAGCGUUUUGUUUGGAGAAAUCUGUUCAUUACUUCCCCUUUUGACAUUUUUUAAUUUAAGUGUUUUUUUUUUUCCUUUUUUUCCAGCGGCUGCUUGGCGCCUGUCCCCUGUCCCCCCCCCACCGGCGUUUUUUUUUCCCAGUCGGAAGGAAAAGCGUUGAAAACGAACCUGCAAUAAGGGCGGCUUUUCGAAAAUGAGCACUUACAACGUGAGCCUCACCGGACCGGCCCCAUGGGGCUUCCGAUUGCAGGGAGGCAAGGACUUCAACAUGCCCCUCACCAUCUCCAGGAUCACGCCCGGGAGCAAGGCGGCGCAGGGCAACCUGAUUCAGGGUGACAUCAUCGUGGCCAUCGACGGGGUCAGCACAGAGGGCAUGACCCACCUGGAGGCUCAGAACAAGAUCAAGAGUGCAAGCUUCAACCUGGCACUCACCAUGGCAAGGUCGAAGCGCCCGGCUCCGGUGCCCACGGCUACGCCAAGAAUCGAAUCGCCCAUGCCCAUCAUCCCUCACCAGAAGGUCAUUGCCAACACUGCUGCCAACACCGAAUAUGUACCCAGCUUCAACCCAAGUGUGCUGAAGGACUCCGCCCUCUCCACUCACAAGCCAAUCGAGGUCAAAGGUCCAGGCGGCAAGGCCACUAUAAUCCACGCCCAGUACAACACCCCCAUUAGCAUGUACUCCCAGGACGCCAUCAUGGAUGCCAUAGCUGGUCAGUCCCAGGCCAGGGGCAGCGAGUUGUCCAGCGGUGAAGUCCCUACCAACGGCUCUCCCCUGGCUACUCUCCCAGUUAAAGAUCCUCUCGUAGACAGUGCCUCCCCAGUCUAUCAGGCUGUGAUCAAGACGGAUGAGAAGGACCAGGAGCUCUCUGAGUGGGCCCGCCGCGCUGCCCAGCUGCAGUCCAAAUCCUUCCGCAUCCUCGCCCACGUCACGGGCACCGAGUACCUGCAAGACCCAGAUGAGGAAGCUCUGAGGAGAUCAAGUACUCCUAUUGAGCAUGCUCCAGUCUCCACAAGCCCCACACCUGCUUCUCUGCCUGCUGCUGCUGCUGCUGUUGCUGCUGCUUCGCCCAAUCAACCCGCCUCUGAGCCGCAGGCCCUAGCCAAUCAGGCGCCGCCAUCUCCUCCUGCUGUCCAGACUCCGGUGCCUGACCCUGUAGCCCCCGCCCCAGAGAGAGGUUACCCUCAGGCCCCGCCCGUGCAGCACAGCUCCAUCCAGAUUCCCGUGGGGGCUCCCCCUCCCAAAGUGGUCAGCACUGCCACCAUCAUGCCUACACACUACCCUGCAGCUCCAGCUCCGGCCCCAGCACCUGUCCAUAUUCCUGCUCCGGCUCCUCUCCCUGCUGCCCCGGCAGCAUCCAGCAGGCCACCCUGGGUCACUGAUGACACUUUUGCCCAAAAAUUCGACCCUGGCAAGACCACCACCACCACCACCAUCAAAAUGCAGCCCCUCCCCCAGGCUGCUCCCCCUCCCCCGGCCUACAUACCCAACCCUUUGCAGGCACCUCCUGCUCCAGCCCCUGCUUACAACCCUGCCCCGCCCUUCAACCCCGCCCCACUCGCCUUCCCGCCAGUAGCCCGUGGGGUGGCACAGAGGGCGGAGCGUUUCGCUGCUAGCAGCCGGACACCACUGUGCGCGGCAUGCAACAAUGUCAUCAGGGGGCCCUUCCUGGUGGCGCUGGGGCGGUCCUGGCACCCGGAGGAGUUCAAUUGCCACUACUGCCACACCUCGCUGGCGGAUGUCAGCUUCGUGGAGGAGCAAAGCGCCGUGUACUGCGAGGCUUGCUACGGGGAGUUCUUCGCCCCCACCUGCGCCCGCUGCAACACCAAGAUCAUGGGGGAAGUGAUGCACGCCCUGAGGCAGACGUGGCACACCACCUGCUUCGUGUGCGCCGCCUGCGGGAAGCCUUUUGGGAACAGCCUCUUCCACAUGGAGGACGGAGAGCCUUAUUGCGAGAAAGACUACAUUGCCCUCUUCAGUACUAAGUGCCAUGGCUGUGACUUCCCAGUGGAGGCUGGAGACAAGUUUAUUGAAGCACUUGGUCACACCUGGCAUGAUACCUGCUUUGUCUGUGCGGUGUGCCACAUCAACCUGGAGGGUCAGCCAUUCUACUCCAAGAAGGACAAGCCCCUGUGCAAGAAGCACGCCCACGCCAUCAAUGUAUAGACACUGCGAGUGGGCGCAGGAAAGGGUGGUGGGCACCGGCAGAACUUCCUGACAAAGAAUGAGUGUCACAGAGGGGGGAAGACCUCAGUGUCAGGCAGGGCCCCACCACCCACAAUGCAAUGGACAACGGCGAUGACCACAGCGAUGACAACGACAACACCGACGGAGACGACAGAGAAGAGACGAACGAGAAAAGGCCUGAUGAAUUACUCUCAAGUAUAACAUCAUAAGGGACUAGUUUUAUUUAUUGAUACUGGAUAAUAAUAAACGUAAUAAUAAAAGUAUCAGCUGCACUAGUAUUUGUGCACAUAAAUUUUGGGGAACCGUGGUCACCAGAGAAAUGUGGUUUAAUUAAAUGCUAAUUAAAUGUGAAAACUCAGUUCAGCAACAACCAAAAUAUUUUGGAAUCUCUUCUUUGGAAUAUUAAUUACACAUUGACACAUGUUCUCUGGAAUUUCUCAUAAACAGUUCCAGAUUGGUUCAUUGAAAACAAACUUGUUUUGUACAUUUUGUUGAUGUCAUAGCUGCCAUUUCUUAGUAGCUAUCUAGAUGAGGCUGUAAGUUUAAACAAGGAAAUGUCAGCUUGUACACAUCAUAUGGUAAUCAAAGGCUUGUUGAAUGAGCAAAAGUUAGUAAAUUGAAGGGCAAAAUAUCUUGGUCCAAAGCUGAAUGAGACAUUUACAAAAAAAUUGGACAAAUUCUUGAAUGAUAUCUGGGAUGCUACGUAUCUAGAAAUUCAUCAACUUUUUUUAGCAAAUAUUAUCUUU